AUGCCUCCUACUGUAACAUUACCCAUCAGCUCCCAACCAACCAUUGGCGUUGCUCAUUUGCCUAAUCAGAGGCACAAGAUUGUUACCAACAAAGGUGUGAACUUUACUGUCAUGGUCUGUGGUGAAUCUGGCAAUGGCAAAACCACCUUUGUCAACACCCUAUUCACAACUACACUCAAAGACCCCAGAGACCAAUCCAAGAGACAUGAAAAGCAGUUGGAUAGAACGGUGGAGAUCGAGAUUACCAAAACAGAAAUCGAGGAGAAGAUGUUUAGAGUGAAGCUGUCUAUCAUUGACACGCCUGGCUUUGGAGACUAUGUAAACAGCCAUAAUAGCUGGGUGCCCAUCUCGGAAUUCAUCGAUGAUCAACAUGAGAGCUACAUGCGCCAAGAACAGCAGCCCAACCGUAACAACAAGAUUGACAUGAGAGUGCAUGCAUGCUUGUACUUUAUCAGACCUACAGGACAUGGCUUGAAACCCUUGGAUGUCGAGAUGAUGAAGAGACUAGGAUCUCGAGUCAAUUUAAUACCUGUGAUCGCUAAGGCUGAUACACUCACACCAAAGGAUCUAGAAGCUUUCAAAGAAAGGAUUAGAAACGGCAUUGAUCAGCACCACAUCAAGGUCUACCAAUGUCCCAUCGAGAGCGAGGAUGAAGAAGUAACCCAAUCCAACAAAGACAUUACAUCUGCCAUGCCAUUCAGUAUCAUUGGCUCCACCCAAGAUGUGCAAACAGCGGAUGGUCGCACCGUCAAAGGCCGUGCCUACUCGUGGGGUGUCGCUGAGGUUGAGAAUGAAGAGCAUUGCGAUUUCAAGAAAUUGAGACACUUGCUGAUUCGCUCUCACAUGUCCGAUUUGAUUGAAACUACAGAGGCUGUGCACUAUGAAAACUACCGUCUUUCAGAAAUGGCCACUCGUAAGUUUGGUGAAGGCAAGCUUGUCAAGGUUGAGAACCCCAAACACAGAGAGAAGGAGGAAGCUUUGCGCAAAGAGUUCACUGAACAGGUGAAGAAGGAGGAAAGUCGCUUCCGUCAAUGGGAGACACAACUGGUCUCUGAACGUGAUCGCCUGAAUAAAGAUCUGGAGGCAAGACAUGCUCAAAUCAAGGCCCUUGAGUCUGAGCUGGAAGCACUCUACCACAAGAAUGGUGGCUCUGUUAGACGAUAG